GGGUGAACAUACACCUGAUCCUUGCUCCUGCCAUUGGCAAGGAGAAAGAGCAGCUCUGUGUGUGUCAGGCAGCAAAAAUUAGGAGCAAGCCAGGGCCUCAGUGAGAUGAAAGGGCAUGGUGGAGGACAAUGAAUAAUCUGUUUUUUGCUUAUCUCUGAAAAUACACACUUUGAGCUGGGGAAAGAAACUGUUUUGGUAUUCAUUGUGUAUUGGUAAUAUUUUUCUGCUUGAACUCUGGUGAACUGAACUGUGGGACAAAUGCAGACAUCCUCUAGGCUUUUUCCUGGCUAGUUUUUUAAAUCUGCUGCUGAUUUUAGGAGGUGUUGGAUUUAGUGUUCUAAACAAAUGCAGCCUAUGAAUGUCUGUAUGGGAAUAUAAUAAUCUAAAGAUUUGUAUGUUGACACCAUUAGUACCUAAUUUUAAGGCUUCUUCUUUCCAAAAUGACUUUAGACUGUGGCAUCCUGUCACAUAAUUGAAAUAUAAAUAGCUUUCUCUCAAUAGAAAGUUCUAAAACGACAGUAAAUUGUUUAGAUUUUGUCUUCUCAUGAAAUACCACUCCCUGCCCUUUCCUUCCUGCCUUUUUCUUUUUUUUAAUCGUCAUCCAAGGGUGUUUUCUAAACAACUAAAAACCACAUUGUGCUCAAGCAGAGAAUGAGGAAGAAUUUAAAGUCAAAUAUGUUUUUCUUAGCCAAACAUUUUCUCUCUAAACGAGGUAAGACGGAGUAGAAGAUACACACUUACUUAGUUUAAUAAUUUCUUGAGUGAAAACAUUUUUUUUGUGUAAUUCUCCUGUAUGGAGAGCUACAGUCAAAACAUCAGUCCCAUUAGAAAGCUUGUUGAGCAUAAUCACUCUGCCCAGUAAGAUUAUAAGUAAUUAUGAAUUUUCUCUUAAUUACGGAAAAUUUUAACAAGUGAAUGCAGUGUUGGGCUUACCAGCAGUCAGUUCAUGCCCCAUUGGCAAAGUUUGUGUCAACAAAGUAAUUGAGAAGCUGCAAAAAGGGAUGCUACAGACAAGUAAUGGACUUGAAUGAGACUCCAAAUUCCUAUUUCUUAUCACAAUUGGUUCUAAGAGUAGUUGAGAAAGUUAUUCAAAGGUUAAAAACUACAAAUUAAAUUCUUGAGGUUCUUUGUGUUCUACCUCCAAAAGGUAAGAGUAAUUUCUUAUUGAGAAGAGCUUUUCCUUCAUGUGAUUUUAUUUUCUUUUGAAUAAACUAAUGAUGAUGUUCCAAAUAAACUGUUGGAGUUUUCAGAAGUUGAAUGUUUGGGCUGAAAUGAAAUAAUGGCAUUAACACUGUUAAGGGUAUUAAAUGGUUUCUGUUACUGUUUCUGGAAGUGGAGUUUGUAAGAAAAGAAGUAGAAAUCAGAAAUGGAAAAAUUAGGGAAUUGCAAUAUAAUGGAAUGUUUAUGAAAAUACAUUGAUUUGAAAUGUUACUUAAGAAAUAAAUUUUCAAGGGAAUGUGAAAUAGGUAGUGAAUGUGCAAAAGAAUUCUGGAGUUGCCUCUAGUAAAAGCGUAAGUAAAAGUAAAUUUCUUGGAAUAGAUACAAAUUAGGAGACCAUUGAAGAGGAGUUGCCUGAAGAUAGAUGUGAGACAGAAAAAGGAAAGGGGAGGUAGCAAUGAUAUACGUGAAGUACAUACGCAGUUAUUUUUUUUCAAGGGACUUUCUCUACCAAGUUCUAGCAGAGGUGCUUCCUGUUCUUGAAUCUACAAAACAACUGCUCUGAAUUUUUUUGUAUAUUUAUACAUAUAGCAACGAAAAAGACGGAUUCAUACCCUUCUUAUGCUCUGAAAUUCAAUAUGCAAGGCUUACCAGAAAAGGAAAUAAAGAAAGACAUGAAGAAAGAAAAUACUGCCAACAAACCACCAGAGAAGCCUAUAAAUGAAGUUUCCAAUGGAAGCCCUUUACUGUUGUCUGAGACAAUUAUUAGAACCAACAAAAAAGGAGAGAGAAACAGAAGGAGGAGAUGUCAGGUGGCUUUCAGUUAUAUGCCUCAAAAUGAAGAUGAAUUGGAAUUAAAAGUUGGUGACAUCAUUGAAGUUGUGGGAGAGGUGGAAGAGGGCUGGUGGGAAGGUAUACUUAAUGGAAAGACUGGCAUGUUUCCUUCCAACUUCAUCAAGGAACUCUCUGAUUCUGAUGAUGUGGGAAUAGCACAGGAGGAGCAAGUAAAGUCAAGAAAAUCUGCCUUUGAAGGGACAAUUCUGUACAGAGUGGCACCGGCAAAGAUUGACAGCUACAGACGUUAUAACAGUCUAAAAGAUGCUACAGGCUCUGAGAGUGAUGGUGGUGACUCUUGCAGUACAAAAUCAGAAGGAGCCAAUGGAGGCACGACAAUCCAACCCAAAAAGGUCAAAGGUGUUGGCUUUGGAGAUAUCUUCAAAGACAAACCCAUAAAGCUAAGACCAAGGUCAAUAGAAGUUGAAAACGAUUUCCUUCCAGUGGAUAAGAGUGUUGGGAAGAAAUUACCUCCAGCCACCGCAACUCAGGAGCCAACAAAAAUAGAAGUGGACAGCAGAACAAAAAACAAGGAGUAUUGCAAAGUGAUAUUUCCGUAUGAAGCGCAGAACGAUGAUGAACUCACAAUCCGGGAGGGUGAUGUUGUCACACUUAUCAGUAAGGAUUGCAUUGAUGUGGGUUGGUGGGAAGGAGAACUCAAUGGCAGACGAGGUGUUUUUCCAGAUAACUUUGUCAAGCUACUCCCUUCAGAUUUUGAAAAAGAGAGACCGAAGAAGCCACCACCUCCAUCAGCUCCUGUCAUCAAACAAGGAUCAGGGACCACAGAUCGAAAGCAUGAAAUCAAGAAGAUACCCCCUGAAAGGCCAGAAUGUCUUCCUAAUCGAACAGAAGAAAAAGAAAGAUCAGAGAGAGAGCAAAAACAGGUAGACUUGCAGAAGCCUUCAGUUCCUGCUAUACCUCCGAAGAAACCUCGGCCACCCAAAGCCAACGCUGUGAGCAGACCUGGUACCUUGCCCCCGAGACGACCAGAGAGACCAGUUGUGCCUGUGACUCAUGCAAGGAGUGAUAGUCCAAAAGUGGAAUUAGUGGGCAGUACAGUAUCCGGCACUCUAGAGAAAGACUCCUCUGAAAGAAGCAAUGACAUCGACUUGGAAGGUUUUGAUUCUGUAAUACCAAUUGCUGAGAAGCUUAAUCAUCCAACUACAACCAGACCAAAAGCUACUGGCAGGCGACCACCCUCCCAGUCUCUCACAUCUUCAUCCCUUUCAAGUCCUGAUUUCUUUGACUCACCAAGUCCUGAAGAUGAGAAGGAAGAACAUGUUUCCAUUACUCACAAAACUCUUGAAGUGUCAAGGAAAUCAAGAACUGUUACAAUAUCACAAGUGUCUGAUAACAAAACUUCCUUACCUCCAAAACCAGGAGGUCUGGCUAGUGGCAGUAAUAUACAACCAUCACUAUCCCCUUCACCAUCACCUGGAUUUCACUCAAUUGCUAUGGGAACAACAGGCCACAGGUCAAAUUCCCCUUCCCUGUUUGGUACUGAAGGAAAGCCAAAGACUGAGCACUUGAGCCAAGGUCAGACUGCCCUGGAAGAGCUCAGAACACAAAUUAGGGAGCUAAGAACCAUCAUUGAAACCAUGAAAGACCAGCAAAAAAAAGAGAUUAAACAGUUGCUCUCUGAAUUGGAUGAAGAGAAGAAGAUCCGUCUACGAUUGCAGAUGGAAGUUAAUGACAUAAAGAAAGCUCUUCAAUCAAAGUGAAUACUUGAUAGGUGGAAUGUUGCAUUAUUCUUCAUGACUGAGACUCAAAUUUAUGCCCCAGCCAAAAUAACUUUGUGCCAAAUGAUUUAAGAAUUGCCUCAACAUCCCUUUAUUUGAAGGAUUAGCACAACAGUUUUUGAUAGCACAACAAAAAUACCAACAAGAACAAAAUUUCUACCCAAAGCUGUGCUGUGCAGCACUAGUUGUGACUGAAAUUGAUCUUGUGCUAAAGGCUCUCUACUUCAAGAUCCUAAGUGAAAUGAAAACUCAGGCAGUUUAGUCCAUAGUGGUACUAUUUUGAUGAUAUUUUUCCAUAAAUAAAGUGUAUUUCAGAUUAUCUGUUUACAAGCUUUAUGAUUUUGACUUUUGGUUUUUAAUUGUCUUUUGUCACAGAUUUUAAAAUGUUUGUACUUCAUAUAGCCAGGAAUGAAUGUUAAUGUUGGGGCUGGAGGGAUUAUUUUUGCUUCGAGAUUGAACAGCCUACUUUUCGUUAUGGUUUUAAGUUCUGUUAAAUAUGCAAUUUUAUGUCCCCGAAUCCCCUACAACUUCAGCUUACAUUGUGUACAGUAAUGUAUCUACAAGAAGGAAACAAACCAACAGAAGUCUGGUCUUUGCAAUGAUUUGUGCCUUUCUUUGCCACACACUGACUGGAGCCGGUUGAGGCCAGGUCUCCCUAUGUAGCUACCACGAUGACUCCUGUCCCCGGUGUCUGGAGGAGGUCACCUUCCCAGGGCUCAGCUGCUCGCUCAGGAGAGCAUGUUUGUGCCAGGUGCCAGGACAAAAGGGCACAGCUGAGAGCAGCUUUGUCUUGAGCAGCUGUGGCUUUUUAGCUUUCCUGGUUUGGAUAGGCCUCUCCCUCAACCUGAAUGUUCAUCUCCGCUUGAUUUUCAUUAGAUGAUUUAAACACCCACCUCUGUCCCCAAUUUUGCACAGAGUGAACAGAAUAUGCAUUAUUAAAGCAAAAUUAAAUAAAAGUAAUCUAUAAAACAUGAA